GUAAAAUUGCAAAUAAGUGAGUAGAAAAAAAUUAAUAAUUAUAUUUUCUUUCAUUUUUGUUUAUUUUUAACUAGUAAUCAAUUCGGUAAGAGAUACUAGUUGCUAUGGUAACGAUUAGAUUUUAGGGGACAAACAAAUAAUUUUCUAACCUAACUAAAUAGUUUUAAGUGAUUAUUUGUUAUUUAAAUUUGUUACUUAAAUGAAUAUUUUAACGCAGAGGAAAUAUUCUGCAAUAUUAUUUUUACAAUAUGUUUUGUUAAUUUUUGAUAUUUCGGUCAAUUCUUUUGCUAGUUUUUCGAGACCCAGGCCGGUCGAUUUACUUGUUCUUUAUGUAAUUCAAGACUUUUGUUUAAUAGUUGCUUUAACUAUUAUGCUCGCUAGUUUUUUCUCAACGUACGUUUUUCAGGUUGGAUUGAUACAAUUGCUUUAUACGAAAUUUCGCAUGACACUUGUAUUGUGUGUCAUCUACAUAAUUUUGAGUAUAGGAUUGCAUUCAUGGCACAUGACAAUUCACUGGCCAAAUCCUUUCGAUCACUAUUGGACGAAUGGUUUUCAUAGUUUAUAUUUUACCCAAAGAGCUGUUGCAGUUUUGUAUUACUAUUUUUACAAGAGAUCUUCAUUGAAAAUUGGAGAUCCGAAAUUUUACGAAAAAUCGACUUGGAUGCAAAAAGAAGGUCUUCCAUAAAAAAUAAUAUGAAUUUCGCCUGUUUCCUAGUUGUAAUUUUGUAUAUAAAAAAUAAAACUAAAAACUAAAA